CGCGCACAACCUGCCAACAACGCGUCAACCGCAAGUUUCGCGACAUUGUCAAUUAAACAUCACCACAGGUUGCAUCAAAUGAGCUAGACCCUGGACCUGGACCCUUGGCUCCCCCGCUACACCAUCACCACAAGGACUUGUUCCCUUCUGCUCGCCUCGCCUUCACACCCAGAGCAUGCAGCAAGAAAGGCAGCAUCAUUUGGCUCCCUCAACUUCUCUCUGACUUGCAUGCCGUUCUCUCCAGAGGACCUUGCUGUUGUCGCCCACUCCAUCGGGGUCGACUCCUUCGUGAGCAUCCUGCUGCCCGAGUGUCAGUCUGCAAGCCUGGCCGGACCACACCAAACCUGCACCGUCACUACCAACAGUGAUCACCUCAACAACACCCUUGCACCGUUGUGGGUUGUGAGCGUGUCGUUGACUGCAUUUUUUCACAGAGGCUAUUUUGCCCACAAUCGGAAUCACCCAUCCCCUCUCCCUCCCUCCUCUCCAGAACGGUAGGAACCGUUGACGCACAUCCCUAAGAUGGCGGCCGCGAACGGCGCGGGUGAUGGCAUUUUCUCCGCCACAUACAAUGGGAACCCCGUGUGGGAAUUCCAAUUUGUAGGCGCGGAUGCGAAGAGGGAACAUGUGAUGCGACGCCAGUCCGACAACUGGGUUAAUGCUACACACAUCCUGAAAGCUGCCGGCUUCGACAAGCCUGCAAGAACUCGAAUUCUCGAGCGCGACGUGCAAAAAGGAAACCAUGAGAAGGUUCAGGGAGGCUACGGCAAGUUUCAAGGAACAUAUCUACCCCUCGCAGACGCGCAGGAGUUGGCGCGACAGCACAACGUCCUCGACCGCAUUGGCCCCAUCUUCGACUUUGUGCCCGGCGCUGUCACGCCCCCUCCAGCUCCUCGCCAUGUAAGCAAGCCGAAGCAGCCCAAGAAGAGCGCCGCCGUUGCCCAACCUGGGCCUGCCGCCAAGAAGCGAAAGCGAAAUGACCCUUUCGCGGAGGACUUGGAUCGAUCUUCUGUCGCGUUCCGAGAUGACACGCCCGACGACCAGACUGUGGCAUCUGGCAGCUACAUGGCUGAGGAUGAUGCAGACAGGAUGAUUCUCCACAGGCACACCAUGUAUGGCGAGGCACUCCUCGACUACUACGCCCUAGACAUGCGCGAUUCAUCCGCCCCGCGCCCGGAACCCCCCACGAAUUUCAGACCCGACUUUCCCAUCGACAAGCACCAGAACACAGCCUUGCACUGGGCCUCGGCGAUGGGUGACAUUGACGGAGUCAAGCAUAUGAAGCGAUUCGGUCCGGCCAUUGCCGCGAGAAACAUGCGGGGUGAGACACCCAUGAUGCACGCAGUCAACUUCACAAACGCCUUCGACAAGCAGACGUUCCCGGCCAUAAUGGAGGAGCUUCGAGAGAGCAUUGGAGAGCGCGACCUGUCGGGCCGAACUGUCCUGCACCAUGCGGUGUCGCAUGCUGUCUCGGUCAAGUAUCGGAGACCUGCUCGUUACUACGUCGAAACCAUCCUCGGAAAACUACAGGACACACACGAAGCCGCGUUCGUCGAGCAGCUUGUGAACUCCCAGGACUCCAACGGCGACACGGCGAUCCACCUCGCUGCCGAGAACAAGAACACCAAGAUCAUCCGCUCGCUGCUUGGCCGCGGCGCAUCGACUUCGAUCCGCAACAACAAGGGCAUGCAUGCUGAGGAGAUGAUCCGAGAGCUCAACGAGGGUAUCCGCUCACGGUCAGCCAUGCCCCCGCCGUCGUCAUCACCGUUCGCGCCGCCGCCUCGGCGACCAAGCGUGAGCGACGCGCUGCAGGACAUGUGGAAGAAUGCCGAGUUCCGAUCCGAGGCUGCCAAGGCCGUCCAGAAGCGCAUCGCCCCAAGCAUACUGCAAAAGAGUAGAUAUCUCGCGCAGAUUUUCGAGGACGAGUGGCAGGAGAGGGAUGAGGCUGAACAAGAGGUCCGCCAAAUUCUGGAGAAUACCCAGGAGGAGGCGGCGGCCCAGGCGGAGGACUUGCGCCGUCACGAGUCCAUGCUCGAGCCGGACGAGGUUGGCGCCAAGACGACAGCUGAGGCUGCGCAGCUUCGCACCCAAGUCACGUCCAUGCUCAAGUAUCAGAAUCGUAUUGCAGUCCAAGGCAAGGUCCACACCGAGCUUAGCAUGCAGGUCAAUGGGAAUAGCCAGGGCGCGAGUAGCCAGGCGAGCAGCGUUGACGACGACAGCGAGCGUCGACAAUUGGCAUCGGAGCUUCUCGACAGGAUUCGCGACCUGCGCGCGCUGGAGGAGGACCUCGUGGAGGCGACAGGACUGAAGGGCAUGGGGCAAGCCAUCGAGAAUUACCGGUACCUGCUUCAGCUUUGCCUUGGCCAGCAGGCGCCUGGCCUAGACGACAACCUCGAUAACAUGAUUCGGGAGAUCCAGUACGAGGUCGAUUACACCAAUGGGUCCCGGGCGCGCAACGGCGAGCCCCUCGCCGUUGAUCUUUCCGAUGGGGAGUAACCCUGGGUGCCUUUUCCACGACCUUGGAGACUAGUGAUGGCGCAAGCGUAAGGGGUUGACUUCUCCAGGACGGUAUGUAGUACAAUAUGUCUUUUUCUUUUCCCCUUUUCCAGUGAGCCAUCCUCGCGGCGUGGUGGCAUAGGAGUUUCUGGUUUGAUGACCUUAAUUCAUCGGAGGUCACGGGGUGUUUGGGCGGCGUUUGACGGCCUGGUGAGAUACCAAGAUUACUGCUAAGUUUGGGGGUUGAUGCCCCCGCGUCCCCAUUUGUUGGCUGGGCUGCCGUGAUUUCAAUAGGGAACAGACGGACAGCCCAUUGCCUACCUAGUAUGCAGAGAAUUGACUGCACUUUGCGCUCAGCGUGCCGUAA